AUGCACGAAGAAACAUCUCCGCUGCUAGGCAGCGUUCACUUCGGAGCGUCACAAUGGUCCCCGUCGUUCUUAACAUGCCUUGUCACUUGCAAUUUUCUCCUGGCGGCUUCUGGUGCCUUUCUCUCCCUGCCCCUGAUCCGACUGAUUGAGGACAAUCUCUGUCGACGAACCACCGAACAAGGCUCUUCCAUCGAUGAAAGGCUCUGCAAGACUGAUCAGAUACAGUCCGAACUAGCCUAUCUUAACGGGUCACUCCUCUUGGUGGAGGCCCUCGUUGGUCUGGUUGUUGCAUUCCCAUUCGGAGCCCUGGCCGAUAGGGUCGGUCGUAAACCGAUUAUUCUCUUCUCAACGGUCGGAUCCCAGCUUGCGUUGGCCUGGGAGCUUUCCAUCAUUGCUUUACAAGACACCGUGCCAGUACAGCUCGUCCUGGCCGGCCCUCUGUUCAAUAUGGUUGGUGGUGGAAGUACCGUCCAGGUGGCCAAUUUGUACUCUAUAGCAUCAGACUUGGUGCCUGAAACAGAGAGAGCGUCGGCAUUCUUCCUGAUGGUGCUGGCAAGUUUAGCCGGUGCCUCAGUCGGCCCAGUUAUUUCCGCCAGGCUCAUGGACAUCUUCUCACCAUGGAUCCCGGCCAUGAUCGGCUUCUUCGCUCUGCCGAUCGGCCUAACCGUGCUGGCCUUCAUCCCAGAGUCCUUCUCCCCCUUGAAGCGGGAUGUGUUCCCUGAACAUGACAAUCACCUUGGCUCGGAGGAGCAACCAAAGUGCAGCACCACCUUCAAAUUACACCUAUUCCAGUCACUACACCUCCUUAAAUCCUGCCUAGCGACGCUAAAGUCCACUUCGAUCAUUAUCGUCCUCGCCACUUUCCUCACACGUAUGCCCGAGCAUCUCGCCACGUCACAGUUCCUGGCCCAGUAUAUAAGCAAACGCUUCGACUGGCCCCUGGCCAGAACCGGCUACCUCCUCACAGUCCGUGGGAUUAUCCAUCUGGUUGUCCUUUCUCUAGCCCUUCCUUGGCUGUCAAAAUUGCUCCUGCGAAGGCAGCGACCAGCCAGCAAAGAUCUCACUCUCGCACGGUUCUCGGCCGUGCUCGCUGCUGCAGGGGCGUUCGCCAUGGGGGCGUCUCAGAUGAGUCUCGUAUUCUUUGGACUAGUGCUGCAGAGCCUGGGGGCUGGUUUGGCCCCCCUGUGCCGCUCCCUGGCUAUCAGCCUCGUGGCACCACAAGACACGUCCAAGCUGAACACGUUAAUAGGGAUCGUAGAAACAGUCAGUAUGCUGUUUGCGGGACCGGUGCUAGCGUGCCUGUUCGAAAUAGGAAUGAAGCUCAGUGGACUCUCCCUUGGACUGCCUUAUUUUUCUCUGGCGGGGUCAUUUCUGCUUUGUGUCGUGGGGUUGCUUUUUGUUCGUGCCCCUUCUGAACCGGGGACUGAUCGUCUGAGAGGAGGUUCCGAUGGAGAUGAAUGA